AGGACUAAAGGGUUCGCCGCCGAGUCAGUUAUAUGCUACAGCUGUAGACAAGAGUCGUGGUAUUUGGAAUUGUGUGUGUGUCUGCGUGUGACUGGAUUCUGGUUCGAUUUCUCGCUUUGUAGCGGCUAGGUGGUUCCGUCGGCGGCAGCAGCUGAAGAACAGGCAGAUAGCUGAGGCGGCAGGAAGGGCGCCCGUUGAGUCGAUAGUCUGUGGCCGAAAAGUCUAACUGAAAGCAGACGGCGAGUCAGAGCAGCAUUGGCGGUGGUUGGAGCAGUCUCUUGCAACCCAUUCAAUGUAUACAUACUAGUCGGAGAGAGACCCAUAGAGUGGCUGGACUAUACAGGUGUACGGCUACCGCAGUAUUUUGGCUGCUGCUGCAGCUGCGGCGGCGUUCCGACUACACUACAACCGAGGUUUGGUUUAAUUCUGGUGACUCUGGUAGUGCUAUUUGGUAGGUAAAGCAACAAGAAGAGAUGAUUUCUGAUUGGUGUCUUUUGUUGUUGUUGUGUAGUGUGAUUUUGUACGGUGAGUGUUUCCAAGCUGUGUUGCCGACCCAGGGGCUUUAGGCGUACCGCACUGUAUUUCGCAAUACCGGCGCAAAUAUCAGUGACCCUUUGAGAUAGCGGCCCACAACCGAAGCGGGCCCAGGUGGUAGUCCCCAUGCAAUCCCCACCCGGUUGGUGUGACAAAAGUCUCGUCGAUUGUGUCUAGUAGUCGAAGAAUACGACGACGACGACAACGACGGCGCCUAGAGCGACCACUCAAACGAAACUAACGAAAACAACAUUAGCAGGCGCAGCAACAAAUAGAGAGAAGACAAGCCUCUGAGCCAAAGAAGGAGGCGGAGCUUUCUGUUCCACUUUACAACUUGUUCGACGACCAGGGUCAUGAGAAGUACAUCGUAUGUUCCGGUGCGGUCUUGGAAGAUUCAUGCUGCAAUACAGAGUACUAGCGCACUUAGACCUCAGGUUGUAACGAAGCAACCUGGAAUGAACCUGCAAGUUCAACGAACAAAUAUCGUCCAUCGGAGCACUAACCUAUGAAGCCUUUUCGUCACAGCCGAUCUGUCAUUCGAAAGCUGACUGAAUGCGUCCACGAGUAGAUGUCUAUCGAAAUUCCACGUCAUUCAAAGAUCGAUCGUAAACGAUAGCUUUGUGCUGCGUUGCACUAUUUGUAUGAAUCAUGUUGUGUUGAAUAACAAUAGUUCACCACGUCAUCGUUUCCGGAAACGUUGAACUUAGUUGUAUCGAUUUUCACCUAAUUGCACUAAAAUACGACGUACGGACAUAACGAGUCAUCUGUACAUUCUUAAAGUUUUGUACGCUAACGAACUCGUCGGAUCUGAAAAGUUUCCUCAGGGUUUUCGAAUGGCGCCUGCAAAUGCUCAAGUGCAGGCUAUAACUGUUAUCAACGACAGAGAACAGUUUGCUGCAGGUCUAUCGCAGAACCUAGUCAGCAAUAAAUACCAGACUGAUAAAUCUCUGAGAGCGCCAUCGAACUCAUCACAAUCGGCUAAUGAAUCUUCCGAAUUCGAUGCUAAACGCCUGAAAUUAUUGGCCAGCUACCGAACGGACAGACCGCGAUGUUGCUUUCGCGAGCUGCCAGUUAUUCCCACACGGGAGGACAUCGAUGAGGAAACGACCUAUUUACGUCCUAACAUUACCAAAGGAACGUAUGCCAGCGUCAGUGAAUACCUUGAUAUAUUAUUUCGCCUCCUUCGAGAAGAUUAUGUAGCCCCUCUGAGGACAGGUGUACGAAAAUUUCGCGAAUUUUUUGCUGCUGCAUCCAGAAACGGCCAAGGUUUGAAGGGAUUGCACUCCAUUGAAGAUGUACGAUUCUUCUUGAAUGUGAACAUUGAUAAGGAAGCUAGCCGAAGAGCCAAUCUAAGACCAGACCAGAGGGUCUUUCGGUUACCGUAUGCUUCUUGGAUUGGCAUCGAUUGGGAACAAUCUUCACGUCUUAUGGAUGGCUGUUUGAUUGGAGUGUCCAGUGACAAUUUCAAAACUCUCAUAUUUGCCACUGUUGCGCAACGGACGCCCAAGCUACUGAAAAGAGGCUACUUGGUUUUGCAAUUUUUUUCCGAAGAUGAGUGUCGCGCUCUCGAUCCUACCACGAACUUCACGCUUAUUGAAAGCUCAAGCGCCUAUUUUGAGGCUUAUCGACACAACCUUCAAGUAUUGCAGUCAAUGAACGAAGACCAAAUUCCGCUUGUGUCGUAUCUAGUUAACGCAGAUAAACGGGUACGCACUCCGGAGUUUCUCGAAGCCCGAAACGGCAAAUUUGACUUUACACCAAUUCUCCGACAUAACGAACCCGACAAAAUGGGGGAUGCAGUCGGGCCUCCGACGAGCGCGAAAAUCAACGGAAAGCAAACUUUAAAACCCACCACCUGGCCGAGUCAAGAGGCAACCAUUCUUAAUGCUCGCCAGUACGAAUCCAUGAAGCACGUGCUUUCAAGAGAACUAUGUCUAGUGCAGGGCCCACCAGGUACCGGCAAAACGUUCGUGGCCCUCAAAAUGGCUGAGAUGAUGCUUUAUAAUCGUUUAACGGAUAAACCUAUCUUGGUAGUGUGUUAUACAAACCACGCACUCGACAGGUUCCUUGAAGGUAUGCUUAAAUUUACUGAUAGUAUUGUCCGUAUUGGCGGCAACUGCAAAAACACAAGGUUGGAAAGAUACCUGUUGCGUUCCCUUCAACAAAGUCAGGCAAAUGCUAAGAGCGUGAAACUUGAACAACAAAAGUCAAGGACAAUCCUCUACAAUCUUCGUAAAACAGAGGAACUCCUUGGAAAACUUACCGGAAAGAUGAUCUUAUCUGAUCACGAGUUGACAAUGAGCGGCAAUGAGCCGCUUGAGACUUACCUGCACAUCCAUAAUUUUAUGAUGUCCCGUAAGAACUGUAAGGUGCAAAUGCGCGCAUCCACGCGAGUACCCACGCGAGACCCCAAUUUCCUAAACGAUCAAGAUCGCGGAGAACUUGAGGCAGAACAUUUCCUCAAGGACGAGGACAUCUUGCGGGGAGAAAUGGAUAGCCAUCGCGAGCAGAUUAUCUCUAGUUUUCUCGGUUGUUUCAAUGGAAAUCGUAAAGUUGAACCCAUUAUUCACAGCCUUCGCGCAAGACUUAAUCAAGCGGAGGAUCUCAGCUUCGAUGAGAGAUGGGAGCUUUAUCGACACUACCACUGGGUGGUAGCAAAGGAGUUGGCACGAACAUAUAUUGAGCGGUGUAGUAAAUGUUCCGUUUCAACGGGUCACUUUGUGCCGGCCAACAGAGCACAGCAAGCAUUUGCAAAGCACCGGUUUAAAGAUGUGGAAGCUGCCAUAGAAUGUCUUCGGGAACGUGCGGAAGAACUAAGGGAUGAGCACAGGCGUCAACUUGUGGCUAUCGAGGAGGCUCAAUGUAAGGCUACUUAUAACCUUAUUGCUGAUCGGUGUGCGGUGGUCGGAAUGACCACAACAGGGGCCGCGAAGUAUAAUGCCCUUGUGCGCCGACUUCAGCCACAGAUCGUUAUUGUGGAAGAGGCCGCAGAGAUUCUUGAAGCGCAUCUACUUGCUUCACUUACUCCGUCGGUUAAGCAGCUUCUUCUAAUAGGUGAUCACCAACAAUUGCAGCCAAGCACCACAGUACAUACACUGGCCACCGAAUUCGGAAUGCAAGUGUCGAUGUUUGAAAGGCUCAUUAACAAUGAUUUCGGUUUUGUACAGCUACACGAGCAGCAUCGCAUGCGAGAUAAGUUCCGUCAACUUUUCGUUCCAGCUAUCUACCAUGAUUACGUUUCACACCCUUCAGUGAUGAAUCCUCCCAGCAUCCGAGGAAUGACCUCAAAUCUUUUCUUUAUGAAGCAUUCCGAGCCAGAAAAUAGUCAUAGCGAAUCGCACUCGAAGUCAAACUUGUUUGAAGCACAAUUUGUUGUACGGCUGGCGGUUCACCUUCGAAAACAGAGUUAUGCUCCAGAUGAAGUCACUAUUCUUGCUACUUAUCGUGGCCAGGUUGCUGCCAUUGAAAGUGCAGUGAAGGAUUUCAACAAGGAAAAAGGAUUUACAACAAUGAAGGACGAAGAGAAAAUUGAAUUUGUGGGCAAUAAGAAGAUUACCACAAUUGUCCGUAAAAAAGUAUUUCCUGAUUUGCCAGUGUCCCCAUUGGAAGGUAUGCGCAUUACUACGGUCGAUAAUUAUCAAGGUGAAGAAAGCCGAAUUAUCAUUCUGUCAUUGGUGCGGAGCAACAUCAAAUCGAAAAUCGGCUUCCUUUCUCGGGACAAUAGAAUUUGCGUGGCACUUUCACGCGCCAAGGAGGGUCUGUAUGCCAUUGGCAAUUUAACGUUGCUCGCUCGGGUAUCUCCCACCUGGCAAAAGAUCUGUGCUAUACUUGAGGAAAAUAAUUGCAUUGGAGAUAGUAUUGAAUUAAAGUGCGAGAUGCAUAAAGAUCAAAUUGUCGUUCAAAAAAUCAACGACUUCGAGAGAUUCCCUGAUGGUGGCUGCGGGAAGAUCUGCGGAGAUCGUCUGCCUUGUGGACACUAUUGUCGUGAACCCUGUCAUGAAGCUGAUCGUUGCCACAAAACUGACUUCAGGUGCCGUAAACCCUGCCCAAAGCGUCUCAGCUGCGGUCAUAAAUGCCGAGGAAAUUGCAGUGAAAUAUGCACAUUUUGUGAAAAGAGCAUUCAAAGGAAACUUGGCUGCGGGCAUAGGGUUGUAACCAAUUGUCAAGCUCCACUGGAUAAAAUAUGGUGCCGCUCCAAGUGCGCUCGCCUCUUACCAUGUGAACACGUUUGCCCACGAUUGUGUGGCGAGCCUUGCGGUGGACCUUGCCAGACAGCAAUUACGAAACGGGCUAAGUGUGGGCAUGCUGCUACCUUUCUUUGCAAAGAUAGAAAGAAAAGGAAAUUAUGUUUGGAAAAAAAGGAGAUAACGUUCGAUAAAUGCUCGCAUAAGAUCGUUCUGCCUUGCUAUAAGGUGAACAAAGAUCUCAAAUGCAGACAAAUACGGUCUAUGAGAUGCAGCAGAAACCAUGAGUUCGAUACGCUCUGUUAUGAAGCAACUGGCCAAGACAGAGCGGACGCCAUAUGUCCUGCAGCUGUUUUCAAAACGCUUCAAUGUGGACACCGCUUCGAGAUUCGCUGUUCAUUAGUUCGACGGUGGAACGGAAAGCUCUGUGAUUUGACGGACUUCCCAUGCCCUGAAGGAUGCCUAAACAAAGUCACGCUAAGGCCAAGCUCAGCCUCAAGGACAUGCUUGACUUCAUGCAAUAUCGAUAGCAGACCUAAAGGACGGUGUACAGGGCAGGAAUGCCACGAAUAUUGCGGCAAAACAUUGUUCUGCGGUCAUCGUUGCCCAGGUUUUUGCCACACUCAGUGCUCACCGUGCAGUGAGCCCAUAACGUAUGUGUGUCCACACGAACAAAUCGAUCUCCGCUGUAUGUCUUCCCUUUAUAGAAACCCAUGUGAUAAACCCGCUGUCCACUGUGAGCAUAAAUCCUGCGAAAAAAAUUGCGGUUCGUGUUUCUGCAGCUGUAACAGACGUUGUCAGAAAAUACCGCCUUGUGGAAUCGCUUCUCACAGUUGUAUUGGCCUCUGCGGCGAACAAUGCAUCUGUGGCGUAUGCCAUGGAAACAUGUUGGUUAAAAGGCGUCCUAUGGCCGGGAAAGUAGCCAACCCCAACAAUAACGUUCAUUACUUUCGCUUGCCGUGUGGUCACUGCUGCGAAGUUGCAUGGCUCGAUAAUAACAUGGCGCGUCACCGCAAUCUUCUGAAGUUUCCCACGUGCCCAUCUUGCCAUCAACAAAUUCGGUUCUGCAGACGAUACAAGGAGCUGCUAACGAAGAUCAGCAAUCAAAUGAAAGCAUUAGUACAAAGGGUGUUUGGAAACCUAAAAGCGAAUGAAAAAAGCAUGAUCAGGCUCUUUGAACAUGACAAACUCUCACAAGAUCUGCGCCCAAUAUUUUUAGAGCGCGACAUCUCAAAGUACGAACUCAAGUACAUCCAGUGCAGGCUUCAGAUGUCCCGAAGUAAAAAGCUCGACAUCCGGCAAGACAACAUUUCAAACACGUUAAUAUUUCGGCAGCAGUCGCUUAUUAACUACGCUAGUGAAAACGGCUUCGUAACUCGCAGUGCGUUAGCUGAGCGAGAUGGAAAUAGGAGGGAUGACCCGAAUAGAGUCGGCCUGAUAGUGAAGUUGCCUAGCGAACCGGAAACUGCAGACAACUGGAGGAUUUGCAAACAACACAAUUUCUUCCAAGGCGGGCAAUGCUCUAAAUGCUCAAGAAAACGUACCCUUCGGAAUAGACGUUUGCAGUAAACUAAUGCCUGAUUAUUAUUAUUAUUCGUUUUAAAACUAAGUAAAUUUGUACUGGUACCCCACAUGUAGAUACAAAAAUGAGUGUUGUUUCAUUGUAAGCCACAUUGAAGGGUGCCAAUUAUAGAACCAGUUUUAAGAUCUUGCACAACGAUUAUCACUACUAUCACUAGAAACUUUGUUGCUGGCCCCAAAAAACGACCGUGAGCACGUGACAAUAGUGACGCCGCGAUAGGAUAGUAGAAAAGAUGAUUUGUUUUUUUUAAUACUGAUGUCUUAGGUAGACUGACCUUAUAGGCAGAGCUCGAAGGAGAAGUUUGUAUGAAAGGUUUAAUGGUUUAAUGGCUAUAUUAAACCAAACAGUUAUUCCGUUUGUUUCUCAAAUUGGUGAAUUAAACGUGGCGGAGCAGUUGCGAAGUUUUGCUCAUGUCACAAUAAAAAUAUUGUCAUUUAUUGAGUAAGCGAUAUACAGAGCAUAAUGUGUGCAAACAAUAUACAAAAUAUAUAUAGGGGGAUGCAACAUAGAAAAGAACACAUUAAGAAAAUUAGUCAUUUUUCGAUUCAUUGUUUUGUAUUAUUGUUUCGGCAUACAUAGAGACGGCCCUACUGGCCAGUGAUAUGAAAUAUAGCACCUACCCACCCGCACCAUUAAAUGAUUAAAUAUUAUAUAAAAAAAAUAUAGUUUUUUUUUGUAAAAAAAAAUUAUUUUUAUGCAACGAAAGUUUUCUUCAAGACUUUUUGGUCUAUGCAAAUAUGCAAAUAUUUUUAUGCGCCUCAUCUUUAUGUAAGUAGGAUUAUUGAAUUCAGUAUAUAAAAUAUGCCUAAAGAAAUAAUACCUUUUCUACUGCGUCAAUCGUUUCAACACUAACUUUACUGAAGUUGCUUACUUGUAUAAAUAUAUCUUUAUUUUUCAUAUAAUUCUGGUACUACUCGGCUACCACUGCGUGUCGUCACUUACAUAUUGUGUUCUCUAGUGCUUGUCGUGUUUUUCAAAAUACCAUUUUACUACAUUUGAUCUAUGAUUAUUCUAUUUAUCCGCACGGAGAUAUAAAUAAAAAGUAAAUCAAAGUACAAGAUAAAAUUUCGUACACCAACUGAUGUUGCUGCCAACAUUGUAACUAAACUGGUACAUUUCACGUGAAAUUCUAGCCAAAUGUUUAUUUACUCGUAGGAUAAAUCUGAAGACAAAUGCUAUCAACGGGCCGUUACUCGAGUGAAGUACAAUGCGAACCUACACAAUUAAAUAAUAAAACUCAUGAUUAACUUUUAUAAUCGA